GUUCCGCAAUGUCUUAUUUCUGGAGUUAUCUCUCUUGAAAAAUCGCUAGAUGUCGCCAACACAUUGACUUCCGGGGCGUUUGUUGUUCAACUUGUGUUGUGUACUCACAGUACUGAUAAUUGCAAUUUCUGCGUUAGACAAGGACAUACCAAGAAUGUCUUCAAGCACUGAUGAUGAAGGUGAACCAUCUCACUUGUCUCUAGAAGAAAUUCAGUCAUGGAAAGUUGUUGAACUAAAAAAUUGGCUUGAAAAUCACAGGCUUAAAAAAUCUGGGAAUAAAGAGGUAUUGGCAAAGAGAGUUUACAAAGCCAUGAGGCAUGGUUAUGAUUCAUCAGAAGAUUUCAUAGAUACAGAUGAAGAAAUAGAGAAAACUGUUCCUGUUCAUCCUUCAACAGAUUCAUGGAAAGAACUUGACUCUACUGAUAUUCCUGAAAUUUCUCAUAAGGCCAUUGAUAUUUAUUUUAAAUGUCAUAAAAAUCCUGUAACUGGAGAAAGGUUAAAUUUCGAGAGACAAAUGAAAAAAGCAAAGCGUCUGUGCAAUGAAGGGUUCAUAAGAGAAAUUGAAUACAAUAAAGGAAACAGUGAUUUUUGUUACAUGCGAUCAACUUGUCUUCCAUCAAUGAAACAGACUGUUCAAGUUGGAUUUGGAAAAAGUGCUAAAUAUUAUUCUUUGAAUGUUUGUAUAAAGAAAAAGUCAGGCAUUGUUGUAAAUGCUUUAUGUAAUUGUAAAGCCGGAGAGGCAGGUCUUUGUGCUCAUGUUGGAGCAUUAUUGUAUGUACUUGUAAAAACAAAAAAUUCCUGUACAUCUAAUCAGUGUGUGUGGAAUAGACCUACACCUUUGAGAAGAAAACCAAGUCCAAAAAGAGUUGGAGAUAUUAGUUUUUCAAAAACAGAAAAAGAUAAUAUUGUAGACAAAGUUCGUCCUUUCCCAGGCAUUUAUAAUCCUGGACCUUGUCAAAGUGAAUGCAGCUCAUUUUUGAAUGAUAUUUUGGAUGGCUUAAAAGAUAUUUACCCACAAUGUGUCUUGUAUCAAACUUUAAGAGCAGAGCAUGUUAAUAUAGAUUCCUUUUUGAAUAUUUUUUUGCCAGAUUUUAUGUAUAGGGACAAUGUAAAUCUAAAAUCAAAAGAAUGUGUUGAAAAUUUUAAAUCUUUUGUAAACAAUAUGAAUAUAACAACAGAGGUUAGUGAACUGUUAGAAAAGGGAACUAGAGGUCAAAAUUCAAAUGUUAACUGGAGAAAGGCUAGAUGCAAUAUCAUUACUGCAUCAGUAAUGGGUGACGUUGUCAAAAGAGUAAAGUCCGAACCAGACAAUUUAGUCAAGAAAAUUUGUGGAUACGUAGUAGUACCAGAUUGUGUAAAAAGUAUCAGUUAUGGUCGAACAAAUGAAUCUGUUGCUUUGAGUGAUUAUAUGGAGCGACAUUUAAAUUUGUGUGGUGAUGUGAAGAUCGAGUCCUGUGGACUAUAUGUCAACCCUAAGUACCCAUUCCUUGGGGCCAGUGUUGAUGGACUUGUUACUUGUGUAGAAUGUGGUACAGGACUUGUCGAAGUCAAGUGUCCUUAUGGAAAACAAAAAAGUCCUUGGAGGAAUAUGCCUCCGACAAAAUGUGGACAAGAUAAACAUUUUUUUUGCACUGAAAACAAUGGUGAACUUAAAUUAAAACAGAACCAUAAUUAUAUGUACCAAGUUCAAGGCCAGCUAGCAUUAUAUGAACUUAACUGGGUUGAUUUUGUUGUUUAUACAAAAAAAGGUAUAUCUGUUGAAAGAAUUCUUUUUGAUGUUGGAAUCUGGAAUGAUAUGGUUCCAAAGAUGAAAUCUUUUUAUACAUAUGGUGUUGUACCAGAACUUUUCACUAGAAGAAUUCAGCGAGGAAAAUCACUGUACAUGUAUAACAUUUGAUGUACAUUUGUUAAUAAUUUGAAUAUUGCAUAGAAUGAUUCUAUUUGAUUUUGAACAUGUGUACAUAAAACUGUUAACACUCUGAAACUUUUAUAUUUGCAUGAGAGCUUAGAUUCAUCUGUAAAAAUAUUGAAUAAAAACAAAAAGGUUA